CAGCCCACCCUCUCCCUGCCUUCCUAACACACACAUACACACAUACACUCAAUCACGAAUGCACAGGGAUUGCAGCAACAGCAGCAGCACAGCGAGAUGGAGAUCUCCGCUGCGUGUGUGAGUGCCUAUUCCCGCUGUCACUGCACCGGCUGCCUCUCUCUCUGUCCUCCCGCAGCCUGUGAGAGCUGCUCCAGUGGCUGGACGGUACCCUGGCACCCACUGAAUACAUGGAUGAACACUGGCUCUACAGGGGAUCUGCGCUUUCUUGUCCUUUGCACCUCUGAUCUGUUUCUCAAGGAAAUAUGGUGAGCAAAGAGGACACCAAAUGCAUUGUUCUCUCAAAUUCAGAUGAAUCCGAUUCAGAGACAGGCCCAUCACACAGCCUCGAUGCACAGUCUGGACCAGAAUCAGGCAAGCAGCAGGUGAAGAAGAGAAACAAGGCCUUACAAGUGCGUUUUAAGGAUAUCUGUGACGCUCAGAAUGAGCAUCGUGGAAAACGCUCUAGAUCCAUUUCCUGCAAAGUGACACACCGAAAGUACAUGACCAUGCCUGCCAGACGCUCUAUUCCAAAUGUUACCAAGAGUACAGGUGUCCAGACAUCGCCGGACCUCACUAAGCGAUACAAGACUUUCCCUUUUGAGAGGAAAAAGGGACAUACAUUUAAACAUACUGCUUUGGUGGAAGAUUAUAAAGGACAAAACAAUGGUUUUUUGAGUGACAUAAAGACGGGAGGAGAGGAUGGACAACCUAUCGGGGAGUCCUCUAAUUACAAGGGUAAGAUUGUGGGCCAGACAAAGGCAUUGCUUCACCACACUGAUGACAGCAGUGAUACAGAGGAUUUGCUUUCCAGUGCCAACUGUGUGGAUGGACCCUCUUGUCCAGACUCUUCACAUUUCUCGGAAGAGUGCCAUCCGAGCAGCCCUCCUUCCAAAAGAGAAACAGAGUACCAGGUUUGUGGGACAAGGACCAAACACAAAGGAUUACCCAAAGAAGACAUGGACGCUGGCACUUCCUCAAAGCGCCAGCUGGCUAACUCAGAGUUUUCACAGGAAAAGUCAAAGGGCACAGGCCCUGUCGCUUGGAACUCUUUGACACAGGUGGAGUCUUUAGGAAGCCCGUCUGUGAGCUGUAAACGGAAAAAGGGCACACAGCUAAACGAACAGCAGUCACAGACACUUCCCCAUAGUGCCAAAUGUUCUGUGCAGUCACAAGGGCAGUGUCGGACAAGGCAUGUGUCAGCCUCCUCUAAACUCCAGCAAACAGUUGGGGGGGAUGAGGGCUUUCCUCCAAGAGACACAGGAGCCCCGGGCAUGGGGAGCAGCCAGCAGAUAAUGCCCUUAUCUGGAGACAAGGAUAUCAAAGCACAGCUGCAGGCCAUGGAGAGCCUCAUCAGCUCAAGCCAGGAGACCAUCAAGGUCCUACUUGGAGUCAUUCAGGAGCUGGAGAAAGGUGAAGCGCAGAGAGAGGGACUCACCUACCGAACAGGACAAGACACAGCGAACUGUGACACUUGUCGAAACAGUGCGUGCAUCAUUUACAGUGUCGAGCUGGACUUCAAGCUGCAGGAGGACAAGCUACAGCCCCUGAUAAAGAGACUUUGCCCCCUGGACAGCCAACAAUGCCCCGCUCUGCCUUACUCCAAUGAAGUGUUCACCUCCACCCCAAAACGCAAGUCCAAGACAGAGUCCAAAAAGCAUGCUCGUUGGAAACUCUGGUUCCUUUGAAUAAAACAUGAAGGCUUUUGGAAACAGCCUUUUUGUUGGGCACAUUAAUACCCCCGUUAAUCUCGAAAUGGAUGAGGGAAUAUUCAGAGGGAGUAAUCAACAUAUGAGGAUGGAUAACGGCAGAAACCGGUUCAUUUGGGGUUCUGAGUUGAGACUGCACAUUAAGUCAGCCGGGGGACAGCAGAGACAAAAAAAAAAUAAAAGAAACAUUUUAAAUUCUGUCAAACCUUUUUCUGGCAUGUUUCGCUGAAGAGGAUGGACACACACCUGCAAAAUCUAGAGCAUAUUGCUUGGCAACAAGAGGAGGCGCCAUGUGGAGGGCCUUUUAUGAGUGAAGCUAUAAUCUUUGAAUGGACAUCAGCCCCACCUCCGGCAAAGCACAAACAUUUGACUAUUGAGAGGAACACGCGUAAAAGACUGAAACACAGUACAGUACAUGGCAGUGUGUCAGCGCUGUUCUUAUAACCCCCGUCCAUUCUCUCCUCUUCCUCCUUAUCUGUUAACAUCCUGCCCAGAUUGUCUGUCCGACUGAACGUCUGCCUGCCUUUGUUAAUAACACCUGUCUCCUCCCUCUCUUUGUGUCUCUUUAUCUCUUUCUGUCUUUCUCACUAUCCUUCUCUCCAUUUAGCUCACUGUGCAACCAACCUACUAGCCAGCCAACUUUGCCUCAGUCAUCCUGUGUUUUUCUGUUGGCUACACUGACACAUAAUGUUCAGAAUUUAUAUUUUAGAAUAUCUGCAUCUUUUUAGCAAAGUACUGUGAAAUGAAAUUUUAAAACAUAUGUUCGGGGCUCCUCCUCUUGAAGCAGGUACAAUUGUUGAAAAUGCAGACGUCUUCUGGGUUAGGUCAGAUAUUUUUAACAACAUAUAUAAUGUUUGACUACUUCCAAGGCAUAAUAUUUUCUAUGAUAACUUAAAAAGUGUUUUUUUUCUUUUGAAUUUCCAAGAAGAAGUAAAGGCUAUUUUGACAUUUC